CUGUUUGACACUUUGCGCAAAGAGCGACCGAGUGACCUAUCCAAAGUGGUGCCGAUCGAAGGCGACAUCACUCAACCCGAGCUGGCCAUCAGUCCUAGCGAUCGCACCACUCUCUCUCUCUGCGUGAAUGUGGUGUUCCAUAGCGCGGCCACCGUCAAGUUCGACGAAAAGCUCAAACUGUCGGUCACCAUCAACAUGUUGGGGACGCAGCGCUUGGUCGAGCUAUGCAAGCGAAUGUCCAACUUGGAGGCCCUGGUGCACGUUUCGACCGCCUACUGCAACUGCGACCGGUCCCAAGUGAAGGAGGUGAUCUACCCGCCGCCUAUUGGCCCGGACCAGAUCGUCUCGCUGGUGGAGGCUCUGGACGAGGAGCUGGUCGACUCGCUGACUCCCAAACUGGUAGGAAACCGGCCCAACACCUACACCUUUACCAAGGCGCUGGCGGAAUGCUGGCUGCAGGACAACAAGGGCGACCUGCCCCUUGUCAUCGUCCGCCCCAGCAUAGUCAUUAGUAGUAUGGGCGGCCCUUUGAAGGGCUGGGUGGACAACUGGAAUGGACCCACUGGGAUAAUAGCGGCGGCUGGCAAGGGCCUGUUCCGAACCAUGCUGUGCGACAGCACGAAAAAGGCCGACUUGGUCCCAGUGGACACCGUAAUCAACCUGAUGAUUGUCUCCGCCUGGCGGAUAGCCAGCAGUAAAACGAAAGAGAUCCCCAUCUACAAUUGCGUCACAGGCCAGAGGAAGCCCAUCACAUGGAGCCACUUUAUAGACCUUUGCUUCAAAUAUCUGAGGAUGCAUCCGCUGUCCGAAAUCAGUUGGUACCCGGACGGGUCGGUCACCGCCUCCCGAACCAUGAGCACCAUCAAGCGGUGUUUCCUGCAUUGGGUGCCUGCCUAUAUUAUCGACUCCGUUGUGUGGAUCUCAGGAGGGAAACCGAUAUUGAUAAAUAGUGCUCCUAUUUCGCAAUAAGAACGAAUUAUUUGU